CGUUUGUGCGAGCCGGUGUUAUCAUAUUUUCACGCCCCUCUCAUCGUGCACUCCGGGUCCAUGCUUCACAGACGACGACGUGAAGGGGUGUGAUGACUCUGACCAGAGGAUCCUUCACCUACGCCAGUGGAGAAGAAUACCACGGCGAGUGGAAAGAAGGUCGGAGGCAUGGCGUUGGCCAGCUGAAGUUUCUGGAUGGAACCUGCUACACCGGCCAGUUUGAGAAUGGCCUCUUUCAUGGGCCCGGAGUUCUGCUCUUCACCGAUGGAUCCAGGUACGAGGGAGAGUUUGCGCACGGAAAGUUUCAGGGCACCGGAAUCUUCAGUCGAUUUGACGGCAUGAAGUUUGAGGGCGAGUUCAAAGAUGGACGUGUGGAAGGAUACGGCUUAUUGACCUUCCCCCAUGGAACCCACGGCGUGCCCCGGAACGAAGGCUUGUUUCAAAACCACAAGCUGCAGAGGAGAGAGAAGUGUCCGGCGGUGGUGCAGCAGGCGCAGGCAUCCGCCACCAACGCUCGCAGCCUGGCUCUUUGACAACCUGGUGGAGGUUCCUUCCUGGAGAGCCUCAGGGACGUGGACUAUCCCCUUCUUCAGCUCCCUCUGCUGCCUUUUCCUCAUUGAUGAAGUCAUGUGACUCAGAACAAACACACUCUGUUGGCUGGAUGAAACCAUGGAGCACUCUUUUUAUCAUGCAUUUCCUUGUACUUCAGAGUUAGCCAGUUGCACAUCUGCCGCUCCUGGCCACUUUGAAAACGCUACAUUCCGCUAUGACCCGUUAGCUUCUGAGGCAUCCACUGAAUGCUUUGUUUCAGAUUGUUUCAAGUUUAUUUUCACGUUUGCCUUAAAAAAAAAAAAAGCUUCACACACUUGGCAGAAGAAAGAGAGCGCCCUCACACUGCUCAUCUCAAACUCAGUUUCAAACAAACUUCAGCGUAGUCAUCUGAGUAUUGUUCUUGUCGAGUCUUUUAAGGAGGUGAAAGCUUCGAUCCAGCUGCUGCAGGACCAGAUGUCAGACCACCUGGAGAGGGCAUGAACGUCAGCUGAAGAGUAGCCCUUCAUUCAGAGCUGGCAAGGGAAGGGAUGACCAGAACUCUUGGAAGUAGCUAAACAAAGUCAGUCACGCGCACCAAACCGCUACUGUUCAUCCUGUCUUCUCCUAAAUACUCAACGCAAAGGGAAACACUUCACAGAACUGGUCACUUUUCGCCUAGAAACAAUGUGUAUCAUCUUUGCCUUCAUACUUCCAUUCCAACUCCAACUAUGAUCUUUACAGCUGUACAAAUGUUAAAAAUAUAUUGUUCAUUUAUGGACAUUAUGGAGGCAGCUGAACAAAAUUCACCUGUAGUUUGUAGUUGUGUGUGUUGAAGUGAUGACUUGGACCUAUGAAAUCCGCACUCCUUCCUCUAUAUGUUAGCAAGUGUGAAGGUGUUAGUUCACCAUAUAGCCUGUCACAACUGGUCUGUGAUCACAACACUAGUACUUGAAUCGUCAUUACACGGCCUUACGACACGCGCGUCUCCGGUGGCUCACGUAGAACCUCGACCAAAGACGAGUGAAUGAUGCUGCUGAUACGCCGGACUUGCUUUAUGUCAGACAAAUCAAUAAGAACACUUUCACCUGCGGCGCCAGAGCAUCGAUAAAAAAACAAACAAAAAAAAACAAAUGUUUGUGGAAUUUAGUUUCUGUUGUAAACAUCUCUGCUUUGGAGUAUCGCAUUUAGAGUUUUAUGACUGUGGUAUUCCAUUAAAGAAUAAAAAAAAAUAAAAAAUCAAUAGUCAAUCUCUAGCUCUGGCUGGAGGUACGGUCCCUAGUGGUUUAUCUCAAUGCAGUAAUCAGGAAAUUUGAGGUCGUUUUUGUGCGUACACAACACAGCGGAGUACACCACCCUACUGUCGGAUGUAUGUUUGUGAUGAGCUGGAACAUGAAUUUCACAUGGAUUUGCUUCUGGUGCUUUCAAAGCGUGCCUCUCCAGACUCACCUGCCGAGAAAAAUAUCAUUGCCAUGGCAACCUUUUUUUUUUUUUCAGCACCAAAAUAAUGUUGCUUUGAGUGCCUCUUAGAGGAACUACUGUACAGUAUAGUGUCUCUUCCUCCUGGAGAUGGAGAGUCUAAAAGGGCCAGUUGCGUUUAAUAAAGAUGUGGCGGUGAAAUAGGAUGUGUGUUUUAUUGGACUUCUCAUGUGUCGUGAGUGGGCCUCAGAUUUCAAAAAGUGAAGCAGAUGGCCAUCUUUUUAUUAAACCUUCCCUUUGUUUCGUCGAUCUGAGGUGAGAUCACAGGGGCUGCAGUCCUGCAGAGUCCCCUUCAACAGUAUAGAAAAUCAAAGUGCGAGCCAACUGGUGUUCUACUCUGAGCCGCCUAUCGUUGAGUCUUAUUGUACAUUUUCAUAAUACACCAAAGCGUCCUUCCCUCCAGAGAGUCCUUAUCUCACUGACCACCUGUGAACCUCAUCCUGAAUUGCCGUCGUUCCAACUUGCUGUUUCUCACAUACCUUGCCAGAUG